GAUUUAAGAGUUUGGUUCCAGAGUAAAUGCAGUUUUUGGUUUACAAGCUGAAAUAAUUAUAUUAUUCAUCCCAAAAAUCACUUCACGAUUGUAAUUAGUGGUGUAUUAAAAAGGAGCCCUCUAAGAAUAAAGAAACCGUGAUUUUCUAAGGUAACACAAGUGGCAGCGAAACCGCUAUCACUGUCUGAAGUACACGCUGAGAUGGCCGUCAAUAUACUUGGUGUGGUUUCUAUUGGUAUUUUCUACGUUAUUAUCCUGAUUGUGGGAAUAUGGGCCAGUCGGAAGAAGAAGACUUCUUCUGGCCAGUCAGAAACCGAAGAGAUAAUGUUGGCUGGCAGAAAUAUCGGAUUUUUGGUAGGAGUUUUAACAAUGACAGCUACUUGGGUGGGAGGCGGAUAUAUUAACGGAACAGCGGAAGCCAUGUAUAAUAAUGGUUUGGUGUGGUGCCAAGCUCCCUUUGGCUAUGCCCUUAGCCUCUUUAUAGGUGGUAUUGUAUUUGCCAAAAAGAUGCGAUCACAAGGCUAUGUGACUAUGCUAGAUCCUUUACAGGAAAACUUCGGGUCAAAAAUGGGAGGGCUUCUCUUUCUUCCCGCCCUUUGUGGAGAGAUUUUUUGGUCAGCGGCUAUUCUUGCAGCCCUUGGAGCCACCAUUAGUGUGAUUACCGAACUAGAGAGCAGCACAUCCAUCAUAGUAUCCAGCAGUAUUGCUGUUUUCUACACAUUUUUCGGUGGCUUUUAUUCUGUCGCCUAUACUGACGUCAUCCAGUUGUUCUGCAUCUUCUUUGGUUUGUGGUUGUGUAUCCCGUUCAGUUUCUCACACGAAGCUGUUGGGUCUCUAAGCUCGAUCGACUUUCUAGGGUCAGUGAAACUGUCUGAUGCUGGUAUUAAUGUGGAUAUAUGGUUGUUGUUAAUCUUUGGAGGAAUACCUUGGCAGGUGUAUUUCCAGCGGGUUUUGUCCGCUAAGAAUGUGUCCAACGCUCAGGUUCUUUCCUAUGUUGCUGCAGUGGGAUGCGUUGUGAUGGCUAUCCCCGCCAUAUUGAUUGGUGUCAUCGCUAAAGCAACAGCUUGGAACGAGACUGCUCUCGGUAUGCCGCUGACACCGAAUGACACUUCUCUGGUGCUCCCCCUGGUGUUACAUUACCUUACUCCUACAGCUGUCUCAUUUUUCGGGCUCGGUGCUGUUUCUGCUGCUGUUAUGUCUUCUUCGGAUUCCUCUAUUCUUAGUGCCAGUUCUUUGUUCUCUAGAAACGUCUAUAAGCUCAUAUUUCGGCAGAAAGCAUCAGAACGAGAAGUAGUGUGGGUGAUUAGGAUUUCUAUUUUGGUAGUUGGAAUCUUAGCUACAGCCAUGGCAUUGACGGUAAAGUCUGUCUAUGGCCUUUGGUACCUAUCAUCUGAUCUCAUCUACGUCAUAUUGUUUCCUCAGCUGCUUUGUGUUGUCCACCUCAAAAAGUACUGUAACACCUACGGGUCAUUAAGUGCAUAUAUUGUAGGGUUUUUGCUUCGAGCUCUAGGUGGAGAAAGUAUCCUUGGACUCGAACCAGUUAUUCACUACCCAUUCUUCAGUGAAACCAGUGGUCAGCGAUUUCCUUUCAGAACUUUGUCCAUGUUAGCCAGUCUAAUAACCUUACUGGCAAUAUCGGGUAUCACAAAGUGGAUAUUUGAAAUGAACCAUCUUCCAGCUAAACUAGAUAUCUUCCGUUGUGUGACUAAUAUUCAAGAAAAUAUCAUCAAAAUACAGAAGCUGCAAGGUGGCGCAAUGCCAGUUCUAGAUUCAAUUAAAAAGGAAAUAUAUCAGAAGGACAUGAAUAAUAGUUUUAACACAGUUGUGAAUAGUGGCAACGCAGAACUACUAACAGACUCGACUUAUUCAGGUAAAAUUAAGAAAAACAAUUCAUCUACGCAAGAACGAAAGUAUGGAAGUGUUAAUGAUACUGUGUUCUGAAGUAUCAGGACAGGAUAUAUGAUCUGUGUAGUUUCUAAUACCAAAUAAUGUCGUAUAUAAACCGCCUACCCAUAAGUAAACAGAUACCUUUUCAUAAAAAAAUGCUGUUUUGUUAAGUAAACAUGAAGCAAAGAGUACAAGAUUGCCAUUAGUUUUUAUCUGGUUGACUUGUCCUUUGCAAUAUUUAAAGCAGAAAAACGGUUACACGUCGUAUUUACAAGAUCUGAAAUCUAGGUUGGUGAGAUUACACCUGGCGAUGAACUCGGUUAUAGAAGUUGGUUGGUUGAAACGCUUUAGCUCUGAAUGAUCCAAAAUGGACCACGCUUUAUUGAUGAUGUUCAUACCAAGUGUUUGGCCUGGUUGCAGAGUAGAGUGGCAAUGUUUGGCUCAGGCUGAUCGUGUAGGAACACCCAUCUUGCACAGAAACGCUGACUUUUCUAGUAAGUUGGUUAUCGAUGUUGACAGAUUGCAUGCCUUUCUCGAGAACUGUGAACAGCAAUAUUUCAAAUGACCUGCUGACUUUGACCGCACUCCUUUUGCCCAACUAUGCGACUUCGUGAAAAUAUGGUUAACUUUUAACAUGGCUUGCUGCAUUAUAGUGUCUUUAUUGAGCUAUUCCAGUGUUUAUAUGUCAUGAUUAUUGACAUAAUGGAGAUAGUCGAGUUGUAUUCUUGGAGUGCCUAUUUACUUGUUUGUAUGUUAUCUAUAUAUCCUAAAUCUAGAUGUCAUAUUCUGAGUAAUCAGGGAUAAAUUCUUAGUAAAAAUAUCAAAUCAACCAGGCUAAGCGAUAACGUUUUCUUUUUCUGAGAAUCUUAAAGAGAAAUGACAUUUAUUAUAAUUUCAGCCUUUGGAGCUGCGCCACAUUAGAAUAUAUAUAUUAUCUAUAUUUCAAUUGUAAUUGUAUUUUAAAGUAAAACUAAUAUACAUAUUAAAAAUAAGUCGUUGCAUGUUGUGAUUGAGAAAAAGAAGUCGCCCUCUUAAUCUUCGUAGAAGUAUUGAUAAGUCAGUCAAAAUAUAACACAUUAUAAUGUAGAAAGAUUUUCAGCUUGCUUCUUAAUUAAGUGAACAUCACAUUACGUAUAUUAUAUGUCAAAUAGGUGUAACAACAGUUACAUGACUAUUAUAGAUAUGUUACAUUGUUAUAGAAUUGGUGAUGAAAAAAGUCAACAGAAAGGUGAUACAUUAUCAGUAGAUUUCACUAUGUGGCGGAUUAAGCGUCUUUGAAUUCCUUUCUAGUUAGAUAUUAAGUGGAAUAUAAAAUAAGUGCCCUUUUCCAAAAUAAAAGAAUAAAUUAUAUUAUAUUCCUA